UUUCAGCAAUACUGUAUUACCCGUUGAGAAGAAAAAAAACAACAUGUCUAAGUUCGUAAUCAUCUUUUUGGUGGCUACAUUUGCAGCAUGCAUCACCGCCGAUGAUAAUGGAGACGGCUCUACAAGCUUUAUGGGCGAUUUUAUGAAACCGUUCAGUGACACCGCGAAAGCUGCUGAAAAUUUGGUCAAGAAUCUUAAACCUGCGCCCAACGAAAGAGUGCAGGCUACUUACACUGAAGAAGAACAUCAUUUAGACACAGUGGACGGCAAAGUCGUUGACCAAGGAGACUCCCAGAAGAAAAUCAAGAACGACAACGGAAAAGUUACUGAAAACACCUCGAAACAUUAAAAUAAACGAAUGAUCUGAAUAGAACAUUGAUUAACUGAAUGCUGCACUGAGUAAAAUUAUUAGUGUAUUAAUAAAAUAAAUAAGUCGCGCGAUUUAUACCAAAGAUUUUUA